AUGAGAUUCCAAAUAGUGUUAACCCUAUUGGUUGGUUUGUGUAUGGCACCAACAUAUGCUGCUCCUGUUAGUGAUAUCAAUGGCGUAACUGAUUUGGCUGCAAGAAAUAAUGACGCACCAGCAGAUUAUAAGAUGUUGUAUGAACUUGGUCGUUUAGCUUCCUUAUCAUACUGUAUAAAACAUGAAUUAACUACCGGAGUACUUGGAGAUGAAGCUACCAAAUGUCCUUUAAAGAUGUGUGAUGAUCCAACGUAUAAACAUAUUGAGAUUUUAAAUACUUUUAAUUUCAAUGAAAUGGGUGGAGUUGGUUCAGGUUUAUUCGCUAUUGAUCAUAUUAAUAAACGUUUGAUUGCAUCAUUUAGAGGGACUUCCAGUGCAACUGAUUGGUUUGGUGAUUUGGAUGCUGUGCCUGUCAAGUAUAAAGCAUUAUCAGAUUUAGGUAAAUUGUCAGUUCCAGCUGUUUUGAAUGCUGCAUGUCCUAAAUGUCAUGUUCAUCGAGGAUUUUAUAACUUUGUGAGAAGAAAUAGUGUGAGUGUCAUUGAAAAUGUUAUUAAUCAUAUUAAUAAUUAUCCCGAUUAUAAGUUAAUUGUAGUUGGACAUUCAUUAGGUGGAGCUUUAGCUACUUUGACUGGGUUGGAAUUUCAAUUAUUAGGUUAUAAUCCAUUAGUUGUGACUUAUGGUUGUCCUAAACUUGGUAAUAAUUAUUUUGUUGAUUUUAUGAAUGGUAUUUUUGAUUCUCGUGGUGUUGCUGAUAAAAUCUUUAGUGAACAAAGGUUUGAUUCAGGUUUGAUUAGAGUGGUUCAUGUUGGUGAUCCAGUUGUUUCAUUACCACCAGGAAGAUUUUUCAAACAUGCUGGUUUUCAGUAUUUUAUUUCAAAGAAGGAUUUACCUCAUUUACCUAAGGAUCUUGUAAGAGUGGGUAUAACUACUAAACGUAGCAUUGAAGAAUUAGAUUCUGAAGAUGAAGAUGAUGAUAUGAACCACGUUAUACCGUUUUUCCCAGCUGAAGCUUAUACUGAUGAUGAUCCAGAAAAUAAAACUACAAUUACAAAAAAUUCCAUCAGUUUAGGUAAAAACUGGCAAUAUUAUUUUGGUAAGGGUGAACAUGCUCAAUACUUCUAUAGAAUAUCAGGUUGUAAAGAAUUCAUUAUGCAAUCGAGACGUUUCUUUAAUUAUAUAUUUGCUUAA